CCUACUACUACUAACAACAGUACAACCACUAUAUACUCUAUUCUCCCUCUUUCUCUUCAAUUAGGUUUACUGGCAGCAGGUCUGAUCGUGACGACACAAGGAAUCUCCAUUGGAAUUGGUGGUGUGAUCACCUUCAUUUUUCUUACAAUAACUUAUAAUAAAGAAAGACAAACACAAUUGAGAGGACGGAGAAAGAAUUUUUAUUGAUUUUGAAGAGAAGUUGGUGAAAUUAGAGAUAAUUGUAAUAGAUCUUUGUUCAAGAAAUUUUAUUUUAGAUAAGUGAUUUUGAAGAGAAAUUGGUCUCGGGAUUAUAAGAAAAAGAGAGGCAAGAUUUAGACGAUGUAGGACUUGGGGUUCGUCAUUGAAAUUCAGAGAUUUUAUGUAAAAGAGGAAACCUUUUGAAGAAGAGCUGUUCAAUUAAGUCGAUUUGUUCAGCAAUUUUCUGCUGUUUUUACUACACAAAGAUAAUAUGGCUACUUAUGUCGACCCCCCAAACGGAACCGGCUCUCCGGGAAAGCAUUAUUACUCAAUGUGGCAAACGGUGUUUGAGAUUGAUACAAAGUAUGUACCUAUUAAACCAAUUGGGAGAGGAGCUUAUGGUAUAGUUUGUUCUUCAGUAAAUAGGGAAACAAAUGAUAAAGUGGCAAUUAAGAAGAUCCAGAAUGCCUUUGAAAAUCGUAUUGAUGCCCUCAGAACAUUACGGGAAUUAAAGCUACUUCGGCAUCUGCGACACGAAAAUGUGAUUGCUUUGAGAGAUGUAAUGAUGCCUACCCAUAGGAGAAGCUUCAAGGAUGUUUAUUUGGUGUAUGAACUAAUGGAUACGGAUUUGCAUCAAAUUGUCAAAUCCUCUCAACCCCUGUCCAAUGACCACUGCCAGUAUUUCUUAUUCCAGUUGCUACGAGGGCUGAAAUAUCUCCACUCUGCAAAUAUCCUACAUCGGGAUCUCAAGCCUGGGAACCUUCUCGUCAAUGCUAACUGUGACCUGAAGAUCUGUGAUUUCGGAUUGGCUCGCACCAGCAGCGGCAAGGGCCAAUUCAUGACCGAAUAUGUUGUCACUCGUUGGUAUCGAGCCCCUGAGCUCCUCCUUUGCUGCGACAAUUAUGGUACGUCUAUUGAUGUCUGGUCCGUUGGAUGCAUCUUUGCUGAGCUUCUAGGGCGAAAACCCAUAUUCCCUGGCACUGAAUGCCUCAACCAGCUCAAACUGAUAAUCAAUGUCCUCGGCAGCCAAAGUGAGGCCGAUCUCGAGUUCAUUGACAACCCAAAGGCCAGGAAGUAUAUCAAAUCUCUCCCUUACUCACCUAAGACCCCUUUUGCACGUAUCUACCCGAACGCCAGCCCGUUGGCUAUUGACUUGUUGCAGAAAAUGCUCGUCUUUGAUCCAUCAAAAAGAAUUAGUGUGACUGAAGCACUUCAACACCCUUACAUGUCGCCACUGUACGACCCAAACGCCAACCCUCCUGCACAGGUCCCAGUCGAUCUCGACAUAGAUGAAGAAGAUCUAGGAGAAGAGAUGAUAAGGGAAAUGAUGUGGACUGAAAUGCUACAUUAUCACCCAGAAGCUGUGUCAUCCAAUUCAUAGGCAAAUAAGGGUAAUUAUGAUCUUGUUCUCGCUCUUUAUCCUUGUUUCACUGAGAAGUCUAUGCGAUGCUUGUUGUUUUGUGCAACUAGGACUCUUUCUUUUCCUUUUUUAUCAUCCUCAUGCUGUUAUAAUUAUAUGCAUGAGAUUCCAAAGAUUUUGCGUAAAGAGUUGGAACUCGUCACUACAAGAUAGGGUUGGCUAAUUUAAGUUUGUAUAUAGGUGUGAUUGUUUUGUACCACUGUUUAAUGUUUAUCUUGGACUUCAAUCUCUCUUCCAUUUCUGUAUACUUACAAUGAAUGUAUGACUGACUAUUUUGUAUCCUUUUGGGGACGAGGGUGAUAAUAUUAAUGACAAGAUAAGACAUGUAUUCAAUGUAUGCUUAGCUUCUUUAUCGUGA